AUGACGGAUCCAAAGUCAGUCGCCAUUAUUGGAGCGGGCAUAUUUGGUCUUUCACUGGCGAUUGCCCUCCGAGAUAGAAAUUAUGACGUGACUGUCUUCGAUCGAAGCCAGUACGAUGCAAAUGGUUAUGACCCCACAGCCGAUGAUGUACAAGCUGCAUCCGCCGAUCACAAUAAAAUCUUCCGCGCAUCAUAUGGAAAAGAGAUUCAAUACCAACGUCUCGCCCUGGAAAGCCGAAAAGCGUGGGUUUUGGAAGACGAGAGGCGCGGAUCAACGGAACAAGAUAACGGUAGAGAUGUCGGACUUUUUGUCAAUAGCGGAAUGCUCCGUAUACAACCUUCCGACCUCUUGGCCACCCUAGAGAAGGAGACUCUAGCCAACAUGGAGUAUGAUGGUCUACGAGACACGCAGUUCGUUAAGAGUGACCCCGCAGACUGCGAACGGGCUGAUAAGCUGGGCUGGAAAGACAAGAUACUCAGUUUCCACAUCCCAAAUUCGGCUGAAAGCACGUAUGAGGCGGUCCUUGAUUCCCUGGCUGGAUUUAUGAGGUGCAGUAAUGCCUGUGCUCAUUACCAAAAAGUGGCUGUCGACAAAGGGGUGAAGUUUUGUUUCGGGCUAGAGGGAGCUGUUGACUACUUGGUCAAAGUGGAAAGCAAGCUUGAGCCAAGCAAAGAGAAAGUUACAGGCUUGAAGACGCAGGAUGGUGUUGUUCACCAUGCCGACUCCGUUGUCGUGGCUGGGAUUCUCCCUGAAUUGAGCUAUCACCUAGAGUCCUCAGCUGGUAGCCUUGCAACCUUUAUGAUAGACAAAAGCAACGCCGAGCUAUGGGACAAGUACUCACCAGAACGAUUUCCCGUUAUGACCUGGAAGAGUACUCCACGAGACAUCUCUGGAAACGACACGGGGAGUAUUUACGUUCUCCCAAGAACCCCGGAUGGCCUCGUGAAGAUUGGAUAUCGUGGAAUUAAGUGGACUAAUUUCCAACCAGCGCCGCAAGAUACUCCGUUCACCCAGGAUGGUCAAUGGUCGGUACCUCUUCCAGUGGAGGAGUGCUCACUACUUCCUGAGCCAGCCUUGUAUGCCAUCAAGCAGUUUGUAUCUGUCUUCCUACCUGAGUUCCAGAAUACGCCAUUUUUCUCUACAAAGCUUUGCUGGUACACCGACUCGCUGGACAAUUCAUUUGUGGCGAGUACAAAAUUCUUCCCUCCUCUGAAUAUCUCUGCUGACAUGCUUCUUAAUCAGAUUGAUCAUGUCCCAACUUACGCAGAGAAAUCUGUCUUCGUUUGCACCGGGGGUAGUGGUCAUGGUGCAAAGUUCCUACCGGUUCUAGGAAAGCAUGCCGCGGAUAUAUUCGAGAAUGGUGAUCAAAGCUCCUCUUUUAUGCGCCCAUUCUGGCGCUGGCGCCCCGACGCACCUAGAAGAAACGGACUGGAAGAAGGUCCCGGCGGACCACGAGAUAUUUCGCACAACUAA